GAGCGAGCGAGAGAGAGAAGGAAACGUGAGGCUCGACCGAGAACUGUGUUUUCUACAGGAAACAAAUCAGAGAGAGAGAGAGAGGGAAUAUACUGUUGUAAACCGCCGUGUUUCGUCGCGGUUUUGUGAGUGUUUUCCUGGAAGCGGACGCUUAGCGAAUCGGGGCAAUCUUGAGCCCCGUUUGUUUAGACCGGGAAUACAAGCUAAAGGUGUUUAUUUGGUGUGUUUUUGGAGGUGUGAGGCUCGAGACUCCGCGCAGAAUGACCGUUGACUGGCCCGAUCUGUUUAUCGUUCGCGGGCAUUAGGUUAAAGGGGCUAUCAACAUCUCUGUUUACUGGCGAAACAAGCACCACGCAUUUCCUUCGAGGGGCUUUUGGGUCGAAAGGAGGAGAAUAAUGGCAUUGCUGGCCGUCCGGAUGCUCAUGUUGGGGCUGUGGGGUUGUGCGGCGGCGGCGGCUGCUGCUGCGGGAGAGGGACCGUCCACUCCGGCCACAUGCUCUCCGCUGUGCCGCUGCGAUGAAGACGGAGGAGCGGACUGCUCUGGACGAGGACUGACCACCGUCCCCACCGGCCUCAGCGCUUUCACUUAUUACCUGGAUAUCAGCAUGAACAACAUCACUGAGCUGCCUGCUAAUGUCUUCAGAAACCUGCCCUAUCUGGAAGAACUACGUUUGGCUGGUAAUGACCUUGCAUUCAUCCACCCAGAGGCUCUGUCUGGACUCCAUCAGCUUAAAGUCCUAAUGCUUCAGAACAAUCAGUUGAAGACUGUCCCAAGCGCAGCUCUCAAGAAUCUCCAUGCCCUGCAGUCUUUGCGAUUGGAUGCUAACCAGAUCACGUCAGUGCCUGAGGACAGUUUUGAGGGUCUGCAGCAGCUCAGGCACCUCUGGCUAGAUGACAACAGCCUGACCGAGGUUCCCGUCGGGCCGCUACGGCACCAGAGUAACCUGCAGGCCCUGACGCUGGCCCUCAACCGGAUCACACACAUCCCUGACAACGCCUUUGCCAACCUCUCCAGCCUCGUUGUUCUGCAUCUACACAACAAUCGAAUCCAAGAGAUUGGAACAAACUGCUUUAAUGGGCUGGACAACCUGGAGACAUUGGAUCUAAACUUCAAUAAUCUGAAGACCUUUCCAGAGGCCAUUCAGACGCUGCCCAAGCUGAAAGAACUUGGUUUUCAUAGCAACAACAUUGCAUCUAUCCCCGAGGGAGCUUUCCGUAGGAAUCCCCUGCUCCGCACAAUCCAUCUUUUUGACAACCCGCUGUCCUUCGUGGGAACCACGGCUUUCCAGAACCUGUCAGACUUGCACUCUUUAAUGCUGCGUGGUGCCAGUAUGAUGCAAGAUUUCCCGAGCCUGACUGGAACAAUAAAUCUAGAAAGCCUGACUUUAACAGGAACUAAUAUCAGAGGCAUCCCAGAAGACCUGUGUGAGGAUCUGACUGUGCUGCGUACACUAGAUCUUUCCUAUAAUGAGAUUGAAGACCUGCCGUCCUUUCAGGGCUGUGCUAGACUGCAGGAUAUAAGUCUACAGCAUAACCAAAUCCGGCAGAUAGACAGAGGAACUUUCCAGGGCAUGUCCAGCCUUAGAGUGCUAGACCUGAGCAGAAACCAGAUCAAGUUCAUCCACAGAGAUGCUUUCCUUUCUCUCAGUGCACUCACCAACCUGGAUCUCAGUCUGAACUCCCUUGCCAGCGUUCCUACCGCAGGACUGAGUGCACUGAACCAGCUUAAACUGACUGGAAAUGUGGAGCUGAGGAACGGCCUAAUGUCUAAGAGUCUGCCUAAACUCAGGUCUAUAACAGUUCCCUAUGCCUACCAGUGUUGUGCUUUUGUGGCUUGUGACAGUGCAGUUAACUCAGCGGAGGAUGAUGAGCGGAGAAAUGCAUUUGGUGGCGAGGAGGAGAUGGAAAGGAUUCCUCUGGUCAUGCACUGUUCACCAUCACCCGGGGCAUUUAAACCUUGCGAACACUUGUUGGGAAGCUGGAUGAUCCGACUGACCGUCUGGUUCAUCUGCCUGGUGGCGCUCCUCUUCAACUGCCUGGUCCUCGCUGCCACCUUCUCCCCACGCACCUCCCCUCUCUCCCCGGCCCGCCUCCUGGUGGCUCUCCUGGCCUCCAGUAACCUGCUGACAGGGGUCUAUGUGGCGGCACUGACACUUCUGGACGUGGUCACCUGGGGCUCGUUUGCAGAGUAUGGCGUGUGGUGGGAAACAGGCGCUGGGUGUCAGGUGGUGGGCUUCCUCGCUGUGUUCUCCUCCGAGUGGGCCGUCCUACUGCUGGCUUUAGCUGCGGUGGAGCGUUGCUUGGCUGUGAGGGCUCUCAUGGGGAAGGCGGGAGCUCUGAGGUCCAGGGGCGAAAGGAGGGAAAGACGAAGGAGGUUCGGUAUCGCAGCGCUCCUGCUGGGACUGGUAUCUGUUGCAGCUGCCUGCCUCAGUCUGUAUCACGGAUCAGCCAUGGGCUCUCCUCUCUGCUUGCCCUUCUCUGGAGGUCCUGGACCAGGCCUGGGGUUCACAGUGGCCCUGGUGCUAAUGAACACACUUGCGUUCCUGCUGAGCGCGGUGGUCUAUACACGGUUAUACUGCAGGUUGGGCCGUGCCCAGCUGGCUGACCCCGAGCAGGCCGGGUCUGUGAGGCACAUCGCCUGGCUCAUCUUCACCAACUGCAUCUUCUUCUGUCCGGUGGCUGCUUUCUCUUUCGCACCCCUGCUGGCUGGGACCAGUACUGCAGUGGGAGGACCAGAGAUGGCCAAAUCUGUGACGCUCAUAUUCUUUCCCCUCUCUGCCUGCUUGAACCCCGUGCUCUACGUCUGCUUCAGUCCCUCCUUCAGAUACGACUGGCUUCGCCUGAGAGGACGGGGCCGGGCCGGAGGUUGCUGUGGGCUGGUCAGGAAAGAGGUCACCAAGGGGACGGUAGCAGAGGGUUCGGCGGCAUCUGACGAUGGCGAAGGCCUGUCUAGCGACUGCGGAAUGUACACGAAGCUCCACGGGGACACUGGGGGAAUGUGCGAGCACUGUGACGCAACCCUUCACAUCAGCGCGUCUUCCUCUUCCGCUUCCUCAUCUUCCUCAGCCUGCAGACAUUUAGUGAAGUCCCACAGCUGCCCGGCCUUGAUGGCAAACGCACCCCAGUGCUUGAGCUCAGAGGGGUACUGGCCCGACACCGGGACGCUUUCCGCUCAGUCGGAAUAUGGGGACGAGGGCGAUUCGUUCGUGUCGGACAGUUCGGAACAGGUGCAGGCGUGCGGCCGAGCCUGUUUCUGUCAGAGCCGCGGCUUCCCUUUAGUACACUAUUCUUAUAACAUCCCCCGCAUGACAGACUGAGCUCACAGCCCCGAGCGCUCACACACUCACUUCCUCACACAGUCCUCCAGGGUGUGGAGUGUCCCUGCUCCUCAAGGACAGAGGACAGGGAGGGGCUGGACACAUGGCUGCAGAGCCGUGGAAACCCAAACAGACCAGAAGCACUUUCUCUCUUUUCACACUUGUGUGUAUGUGUGUGUACGAGUGAAUGUAGACCGAAUCCAUGAAAAGGGAAGCUAACAGUACAGAAAGACUCACUGAGCCAAAUGUUGUCAGCAAACAACAACGUCUUGUUUUCUGUUUCCUGUCCCCCUCAGCCAAAUUGGGUUGCAUCGGCACCCAGGGCUGAUUGACGGCUGAUGGACACAGUGAUCUUAUCUCCCAGUGCCUGCCUUUCAGUCUGCAAGAGAGUAGAACUUGUCUGUUUAUUUUCUUAGGGCAUUUUUAGAAAAGAAAAAAUGUUUUCCCUUUUAUUCUUACAAAUGUUUGUCGUUUUGAUUUAAAGCAGGGAUAUAUGUGCCACUGUUUAUAGUGAUGUCGAUUCUUUUUCUCUUAUUUCCUGUUGUCAUCGUAAGUCCUGAGUGUGGCGGGGGAUCCCGUUCUAUGUAGCAAAGUUCCUCCUUAUACUGGACUUCCAGUAUGCCGAUGAGAAUGUAAUCAACAAGUUUAUGUUCACGCUGUCUUGUGUCCCCUCACAGUUCCUGGUGGCUGUUAGUUUUGCCAAGCAUUCAUUCCUUUCCUGUUGAUUAUUUUAAAAGUGAUCCUAAAAUCACAACCCUCUCCUUCAGCUAACAGAGUGAUCCAGUAAUGCCAGUACAGAACUGUUUGUCAAAAGAAAUUCUUUAAUUUAUGUUUUAAAUUGACAUUUGGAUCUCUUGACCAGAACUUUCUUAAUCGCUAGUAAGUUUCUAAUAAUUUAUUGCUAGACAAGGAAAUGCUUUGAUGCAUGAAUGGCAAACUACACUUUUUUUAUUCAGCUAUUAUUCCUGACAAAUAUGUCACUAGAUUGUUUCAAUAUGUAUUUUGUACACUGGGUAGAGUAAAAAAGGCUUUUUGUAUAUUAAAAGCUUCUUCCUGUCCAGAUAAUCUGACUAUACAGCUUACUACAUUAAACACAAAAAGGGAUUCACCAGUAUUAAGAUUCUGGCCAAUAUAAGACAAUGAUUAUUUUAUGAUAUGGUUGAUAAAUUAUUAAUGACCGAUAUUAAUAUUUAUACUGUUAUGACUCAAUUUAAAUAAAAUGCUAAAAGCCAAAAAAAAAACAUUUAACAGUGUUACUGAAUAAUUAGUGUUUUUAAAGAUAAACUUUAAGUGAACGUAAACUUUAAGUGAAUGUUUAGUGCUGGCAAAAGUAAUCUUAAUGUAAAAAUAGGAAGAAGUAAAUAUCCAAUAUUAUUCAAUCUAAAUGCAAAGAAACUGAAAGUUGUGCAUCCUUGCACAAAAGCUGGCAUUAAAUGCUUUGUAUCAAGGUCUUUAAUAUUUAAAACCUGUCCAUAUAAAACCAUUUUUUUCUCUCUCGCUACACUUUCAUCCAUACAGUAGCAGUUGUUUGAUCAGCUGUAUGAUAUAUCGAUGUUCAAGUUGCCAGUAAGUUAUGUCACGUGAGAUGGACAAGGGGACCAAAUUGUGUCUUUGUGUUCAGGAAUAUAGAACAAUGUUUCAUCAUCGUGAUUCCAUUUGUACACCUUUGCCCAUGUAUGUUCAGGAAUUCAAGUGAAAAGACAUGCGUGUUUGUUUGCCGAAUGUCAACACCUUCCUUUGGUCUUGUAACAUGUUUGCAAAGUGGAUGCCAUUACGCCAGUCAUUAAGCUCUGGCAUCAACUGACAAGCCUUGCAGGUCGUAGCUAAUAGAACUGACAGAAUUCCAAAUCAUAUGUCUAUACAUUUGUGUGAGAGAUCUGAAUGUGUGUGUGUGACAUUUAGAGAUGUUAGUGUGUUGUAAAUUAUUUUUGUAGGACACAUCUAAUCAAAAUUGGGAUGCAUUGUCUAACUGUGGAAGCUACCUCUUCAACCGUAGCGGCUGCCAGUAGUGAGUAGUACAUGUGGUUACGUUCCCAUGUUUAUUUUGUUGGAAUGAUUGCUUGCGCUGUAAAUACAUCUAGUUGUACGUUCUCACUGAAUGAGUCACGCCUUAGUUUGUACUGGGAGAAAAUGACAUACUGUAUACAGACAUUUUUUGUAAACCAAACUAUAUAAACUGAUUCGCUUUGAAA